GUUAAUUUCAUAUUAAUUGGGUAGUUGUUUGUAAAUUUUUCUUUAAUUUGAAGUGUAUAUUCCACCUGAGCAUCAAGUAACUCCCUGUUGUCGUUUUCGUUUCCGGUCAUGGAAACGGCUCCGGAGAGUGUGAAGGUAUCAGAGGUUGAAGAGAACAGGUGUAUGAUUACACUGCCAAUUGGAUACUCAACACCGAUCUUUGAACUUGAGAAAACCGUUUGCAGCCAUGGUCUAUUCAUGAUGGCCCCCAACCUGUGGGUCUCAUCAUCAAAGACCCUUCAACGCCCAUUGCGACUGGCCGAUGCCACCACAACCGUCACCGUCCGCAUAUCCCAACACGCUCCCUCUUCAUCUCUCCAUAUCUGGGUUUUGGGCCUACGUUCCCUCUCUCUUGAAGACCAGGACACCAUCAAAGCUCAGGUUGCUCGAAUGCUGCGGAUAUCCAAAGAAGAAGAUAGGAAGAUCACUGAGUUUCAUAAGAUCCAUGAUGUGGCCAAAGAGAGAGGUUUUGGCCGAGUUUUCCGGUCCUUGACACUGUUUGAGGAUAUGGCCAAGUGCAUUCUUCUCUGCAACUGCCAGUGGUCAAGGACUUUGUCAAUGGCCAGAGCAUUGUGUGAACUACAAUUCGAACUGAAGGGUGCCCCUCUCGGAUGGUCAACUGCUGAAGCUGCCUAUCUAAACGAAACAUUUUUGAAAGCAGAUGCUCUCUCCCCAAAGACUCCUGCGCCAAGAGAGUCUAAGAGAAAGCGUGGAAAGCGGAGCAAGACUGUCACUAGUUUAAUAAAAAAGUUUGUGAAGAAUGACGGUAAUUUUGAGAUAGAAAUGAACUCCAGUAUCAACUGCUCCCACUCGUCCACAUCAACGAAUAAAGCAAGCCCAAGCAUUCACACCUCUGUAGAAGAAGAUUCAUAUAACAUGUGCAAUUCUUCGCAGCUCUCAAUUGAUAGUGCUACACAUGAUUGUUCAAUCUUGGAUCCUCAGUCUCAAGGAGGGAGGACAUCAAGCUUCACCUAUAGAAUUGGAGAUUUUCCUAGCCCCGAAGAACUAGCAAACAUCGAUGAAAAUUAUUUGGCAAAGCGUUGCAAACUUGGAUACAGAGCAAAACGAAUACUGGAACUCGCCAGAAGUAUUGUUGAACAUAGGCUUCAGAUACCACAACUUGAAGAUAGGGCAAAAAUCUCUGACUAUGAUGAAUUGGCCCAGCAAUUGCUGGGUAUACAGGGCUUUGGUCGUUUUACAUGUGCGAAUGUGCUGAUGUGCAUGGGAUUUUACCAGAGUAUUCCGGCCGAUGCUGAAACCAUUCGGCAUUUAAAACAAUUUCAUGCAAGAAGUGAAUGCACCAUCCAAAAUGUUCACCGAUACGUUGAAGAGAUCUAUGGGAAGUAUGCACCGUUUCAGUUCUUGGCAUAUUGGUUAGAGUUGUGGGACUUUUAUGAGAAAAGGUUUGGGAAGAUGAGCGAAAUGCAUCACUCCAACUAUCAACUAAUCACUGCAAGCAAUAUGAGGACAAAGACUCCUAAAAGAGUCUUGUGAAUGAAGAGUGCUACCUUGACCAUUCGGCAUCAUUUGUUUUGAUUGGAGGCAUCUCCAAGAGCUAACGCCUUGGAGCAUUUCGGAACACUAGGGGAAACUUUUUAAUUUAUAGGCUUGAAUGGUUUGUAAGAAGGGAUGUUCUAUUGUAGAUCUGCUAGUAUGUUUCAUAAGCUUCAUGGAUGUUCUGAUAUCAAUGGGAGAAAGGAUUGGGUCUUAUCACUAACUAGGUCAGUUAUCAAGAGCCCCAUCUCCUUGUUCAUGGCAAACAUGUAUGAGAUCUAGACCAUUCAUCUAUUGAGUCCCAUCUUUGAUGAGGUGCACCUCCAAACUCACACCAAACAGAUGUAAAAGUCUUGCAAUAGGGCUUGAGAGAAAUGGGGUGUAUCGCACACGUGUAUCACAACUACAGAAAUCGAGUGCUUGUCAUAUGCAAGAUUUUUGGGUGUUUGUUAAUCCUUUCGUGUUCUUUUUA